AUGUUACGUAGACUCAUCUCUUCACAAAUCAAAACCCUAACUUCUUCUUCUUCUCCUCUCCGAUCUCCUUCCCCCGCCGUCGCCGUUUCCUUGCUCUCCCGCCACUCCUCCACCCAAUCCGAUGACAGUACUGCUGUUAAAAAGAAGGUUGAGGAUAUAGUGCCGAUUGCUACUGGUCAUGAACGUGAGGAGCUUCAGGCUCAGAUUGAGGGUAGGGAUAUUCUUGAGAUCGACCACCCUGAAGGUCCUUUCGGCACCAAGGAAGCACCGGCUGUUGUGAAAUCUUACUACGAUAAAAGGAUUGUUGGAUGCCCAGGUGGUGAAGGCGAGGAUGAGCAUGAUGUUGUCUGGUUUUGGCUGGAGAAAGACAAACCUCAUGAAUGUCCCGUGUGUGCACAGUAUUUUGUGCUCGAAGUGGUAGGACCUGGUGGAUCGCCUUAUGGACACGGUGAUGAUCAUCAUCAUUAA